AUGGCAAGUCUGAUCAAACAAGCAUCUUUCUCCCCAGUCGUCACUGGAGCAGCUCUGCUGGUACUGCUCAAAGGACCAGAGUCCAUGCAACGACCAGUCUACGAUACUCUGUACCAAAUCCUCAAGCCUCACAACAUCGACCGCUUGAUCACCACUCUAAAAUGGCUAUUCGCAUAUGGCUUGAUCAAAAACGUCAACGAAGCCUUCAACCAAUUCGCCCGCAACAACUUCUCCCUGCGCUCCACAAAGGCAAACUGGGACUGGGACAACGAGAUCGCCGUCGUCACCGGCAGCUCCUCAGGCUUCGGUGCUUUGUUCUCCAAGGACCUCUCAGACAAGGGCAUCCACGUCGUCGCCAUCGACAUCAACCCUUUACCCUCCCACCUCCAAAACAACCCCAAAAUCACUUUCUUCAAGUGCGAUGUCACCGACGUCGAAGCCGUCAACGCUGUCGCCAAAGAAAUCCAAUCCAAAGUCGGUCAUCCAUCCAUCCUCAUCAACAACGCAGGUAUAGGCGGCCAACGACCAAUCCUGCGCACGAAACCAGAACAGCUGCAGAAACUGAUGGGUGUGAAUCUCUUCUCGCAUUACUAUCUCGUGCAGGCGUUUUUGCCAAACAUGCUGGAGAAGAAAAAGGGACAUGUGGUGUCUAUUGCUUCCAUGGCGAGUUUCUUCACUACACCUGGUAUCACUGAUUACUCGUGCUCCAAAGCUGCUGUGUUGGCUUUCAAUGAAGGUCUAUCCACUGAACUCAGGACUAUUCACCGUUGUCCUGAGAUCUUGACGACAAUUGUUCAUCCAUUCUUUGCCGAUACACCCAUCAUCGCAGCAGGAAAAGCUGAGCUCGAAAAAGCUGGAGCCAAAAUUUUGGAUCCACAGGAUAUCAGUGAUGCGGUUGUGGAUCAGAUCGUGAACGCAAGAAGUGGGCAGGUGUUGCUGAGCAAUGGCUUUGGACCUGCAAUGAGAGCUUUCAGGGGUUUACCAUGUGUUUGCUUGUUUUGGUUCUUCAUGGUCUCCAUGAUGUAG